AUGAUCGCGAACGGCAACAGGUCACCAAACUCCAGAAUUCGCCCAUCUCCGAGGCCGGUCGAAAGCGACGCCAAGCUUGUUGCAGCCAAGACCGUCGCAAACAGCGAGCUGAAUGCACACACAUCGAAGGCAACCGCGUGGAGUUCACCGAGCAGUGCUCACUCUUCCGGCAGUAUCACUUUGAGCAGCGAAGGCCGUGAUCAUGCGGCUCGCCGUAGCCGUGCAAUGUGCAGGUUGAUAAGCGGGAAUCGUGCCGAGUUGGUCGGGCAGGUGGUCCGAAGAUAG